CGCCGCUUCCAGAUCCUCGGCAAAGUGUACGCGGUGUUAAGCGACCGAGAACAGAGAGCCGUGUACGACGAGCAGGGAACCGUGGACGAGGACGCGGCGGCGCUCCGGCAAGAGCGGGACUGGGAGGCGUACUGGAGGCUGCUCUUCAAAAAGAUCUCUCUAGAGGACAUCCAAGCCUUUGAAAAGACGUACAAAGGUUCGGCCGAAGAGCUGGAUGACAUUAAGCAGGCCUACCUGGACUUCAAGGGCGACAUGGACCGGAUCAUGGAGUCUGUGCUGUGUGUGCAGUACACGGACGAGCCUCGAAUAAGGAACAUCAUCCAGCAAGCCAUUGACGCUGGGGAGGUCCCAUCCUAUAAAACCUUUGUCAGAGAACCGAAGCCGAAGAUGAAUGCACGGAAACGGAGGGCGCAGGAGGAGGCUAAAGAAGCAGAGAGGAGCAGGAAGGAGCUGGGGCUUGAUGAAGAGACGGACUUGAGAGCAGCCAUCCAGAGCAGACAAAAGGAUCGGCAAAAGGAAAUGGAUGAUUUCCUGGCUCAGAUGGAAGCAAAAUAUUGCAAUCCUUCCAAAGGAAGAGGGAAAAAGAUGCCCCUCAAGAAAGAAAAGAAAUAGUGGGAUAUCUGUCCUCGAAAGUCCAUAGAAUCUAACCACACUUGCAGACAGGUGUGGUCAAGAUUUGAAGACACCCGUCAACCUGAAAAAACAUGUCUUUUCCAGCCUCAAUUGUUCAGAUCUACGUAAACCGAGCAGAACCUCUCAACCUGCUCUUAGUAUUUCCUGGAAGCCACCUGAUGCAUUUCCUGGAGUCGUCCUCCCAUCAGGAAUUGAGUGGUGGUGGUUGUAGGGGGAGGGGAGGGCAGAGUAUUUCCUAACAGCACUUGUUUCCAUGGAUCCUCAGUAAAUGGAACUGUCUAUACUGUUA